AUGCAGAGUGUGUCUCACACUUGCACUGCUCAGCUCAGGGUCAUCUGCCAGUGUGCUGAGGAUGCCCUCGACCCCACUGUCUGUGUCGUUGACGGAGACAUUGAAAGCACUGGUCCCAUGUCACAAUGGAGGUGUGGGUGGGGCCACCACCCCACACCACAUCCACGUCCCUGUUCCACUUCUCUCCGGGGUUGUGAAGCUCCAGCUGCCUCACCAAGCUUGGGGGCACCAGGAACUGUUCAGCUGGAGACCCAGCCCUGCCAGCCCAAGACUUGGGAGAGGCCAAGGCCAACACCAGAGGAACCUUCCCGUGUCCCCACUGCCCCGUCCUGCCUGUGGCCAUGCUGGGGAUGGAAGGGAGGGCUCAGAGCAGGGACCAGGCUCUGCUGCAGGAGGCCCAGCGAUGGACAAGGGGAACGGGCAGGAACUGAUGCCCAGAAGUUCCAGCUGAAUGUGGCAGAACUCCUUUGCUGUGCAGUGAUCGAGCCCGGAGCAGGUGGUCCAGAGAGGGGCUGGAGUCUCCCUCUCUGGGGAUAUUGCAGACCCAUCCAGACACAGUCCUGUACCAUGUGCUCUGGGAUGGCCCUGCAGGAGCAGGAAGGCACAGAACUGCAGCACAGGACACCUCCAAGGCACUGGUGUUUGCAGCGUCAGGAGAUGACAGGCUUCAGUCAUCAAUUCAUUUCCUGUGUCAAACCACUCCACAUGGCCUCACGCAGGGAUUUACCCAGGGACAUCCCUUCUGGGCAGGAUGAAGGGGACAAGCCCAUCAAUCUGUCCCCUCCAAACUGCAGGUUGAACUCUCAUCCCCUAGCGCUGGGGAGGUCCCACCUCAAGUACUGUGGUUGUUUUGGGCCCCUCACUACAAGACAGAGCUCGAGGCACUGGAGGGCUGUGGAAAAUUGCCCAUCCUGAUGUGUGGGCACAGAGCUGCUGUGAGGUGAGGGAGAACUGAUGCAGCUGUUCCAAGGCAUCUCUGAGGUGGGAUAACUCAGGCUCUUGGGUUAAUACAUCCCUUGGAAUGGAUGAAAGGACACUGAAUGAUUGGUGUUUAAACACAUACAUACAUACAUA